AUGAAGUCUACCCCUAACUACCAAAAAUGUCCGAAACACGCCGAAAAACAUUGUCAACUCUACUGUGAGAAUUGUAACAUUCCUGUUUGUUCUACCUGCGUCUCCUCGGGUAAGCACAAAGGUCACGACAUAUCAGAUGUUCUGGAAAAAAUCCGCUCUAAAACACAUGAUUUGCAAAAUGAUCUGCAAGAACUAGAGACCAGAAUUUAUCCCCGAUAUCAAGAAUUGACUUUUGAUGUCGAAAAUGAAAAAGUGAAAUUUAAAACCAAUUACUGGAGACUGGCAACAACUGUUGAUGAGCAAGGAGAAGUCUUGCACCGAGAGAUCACCGCCAUUGUCAACCAACGGAAAUCCGACAUUGCGGAGAUGGAAAACAAACACCUGGCCGCUCUAAAUAAAAAUACAGAUGAAAUUACAAACAGAAUUGCAGAACUCAGACAGAUCAUUGAGGACUUGAGGAAAAUGCUUAACUCUAAUGAUGUUUCCUUGAUAUCCACCUACAAUUCUAAAAAUUCCAAGUUCAGGAACCUGGAUAUAUGUGUGGCUGACACUGAAGCUAAAGCAGUAGUGGUGGUCAAUCAGUCAGGAAAACUCCGAUUUAGAUCCACUGGUCAUCCCUCGAAUACCGAGGAAUCAUUUGCGCCAGUCGGCAUCACUACAGACAACCAGAGUCAAAUCCUGACAUCAGACCCUUACAAUAACCGUAUUCACAUCCUAGAUCAGGACGGACAACUCCUUCGUUACAUUCACAACUGUGGUUUAAACACUCCAUGA